AUGGGUAUUAAGAUCUUGAAGCUCAAUAACUUUCGUGGACCUACGAAUAGACAUGCUUUAUUUCGUGCUCUUAUCAUCGUCUCGGCUCUAUCUAUCGUCCCUUUGAUGGAGUUACUUCCCGGUACAGAGGUAACCGGUAAAAAUCUUGUCUUGGAUAAGCUCGUUAAAGCGUUCCGGGGAAAAUUUGAGAUAGAACAGUACCCAGAAGUUGUAAUUGCUGAUCUUGUUGAAGAGCUUAUGGGUUUAAAGCUAUUGCAUUUUGAUUAUUCUAAGGUUCUCUGUAUUGGUCCUGGAUCGGAUUCUGUUGUUUCUGUAUUGAAAGAGAUUGGUUUCUCGAAUGUUCGAGGAUUUCCCAAGUUUUCGUUUAUGAGGAGGAAGCGUAUCUAUGAGCUUGAGCUUAGUGGUGAAAGCUCGUUUGAUUUGGUUUUCUGUAGAGAUGUUGAUCGAGUUGCUUCUCCUGCUCUAUUGGUGUUUGAGAUGGAGCGUGUUAUGAAACCUGGUGGAAUUGGAGCAGUUCUUACGCGUAGUAAUGGUAACGGUCUUGUUAAAUCGGUGACUUCGGUUUCGUUCUGGCUUAAGCAGUCUGAGAUUGUGCAUGUUAAUUACUUGGAUGAGUUCACCGUCAUCGUAUUCAAAAGGAAUGUAACGGGAACUGAUGUUCCUUAUAUUGGAAAGUCUCAGCUACAUGGAGAUUGCGAAUCAGUUGAUACCAAUAGACCUUACAUUGGGUUUAUGGAACCUCUACUCGAGCAAAAACCUGUUGAUUUUCCGAAAUCAGUCGCUUACUUGCCCAAAUUCAUCGAUAUCUCUCUGAAGAAGAGGCUUGUCUACAUUGACAUUGGAGCAGGGGAGCAUCUGGAUGUUAAGUUAGCUCCAAACUGGUUCUUACCGUCAUACCCAAUCGACAGCAAAGCUUUCGACGUCUACUUUGUCGAUCACAAUACUUCAGUUAUGAUAUCGUAUGUCAAAAAACCCGGUGUCACCUUUGUUUACCAUCCAGGUUUAGCUGAUGAAAACACGACUGGAAAAAACAGAACUCCAUUUCAACAGCUGGAACCAUUCCCAGAAGACGAGGGAUUCGAUUUCCUUGCUUGGUUUGUGGAGACUGCGAAACUCGCAGACUUUGUGGUUCUUAAGAUGAACACAAGCCAAGUGGAAAUGAAGUUCCUAUCUCUUUUAUUAGAAACAGGAGCCAUAUGCUAUGUCGACGAGCUUUUCCUUCGCUGCUCCGACCACAAAGCAGACUGCAUUAAAAUACUUGAAACUCUGAGAAGCAGAGGUGUGUUUGUUCAUCAAUGGUGGGAAGACUAA